AGCAAAACCCUAAAUCCCAAAUAGACGGAGGAACUGGAGCACUAAAUUGUCGGCUUCAAUUUCAGCAGAGAAAGCAUUCGAAUUGGUUUCAUACCUUAUAAACUCAUUUGGGUUCUCCCCACAAGUGGCUCUCUCUGCAUCCAACAAGAUGAAGGUACGCUUCGACACCCCAGAAAAACCCGACUCUGUUAUUAAGCUUUUUAAAGACUAUGGACUCAGUGAUGCCCACAUCUCUGACAUUGUUAAGAAAUGCCCAGUUUUGCUUGUAUCCAAUGCUGAAAAGACCCUUUGGCCAAAACUCCAGUUUUUCACUUCCAUUGGCCUUUCGGGCAAUGACCUUGCCCGGAUCUUCCGUGUCAACGCAAAUAUCUUGACAUUGAGCUUAGAGAGAAGUAUUAGACCUUGUUAUGAUAUUAUGAAAACUCUAGAAAUACCUGAGCAUAAGGUCCCUUAUUUCAUUAGCAACUAUUAUAUGUUUAACCCCAAAGUAUUGAGCAAUGUACCUCACAACACUUUGAUUCUGAGAGCGCAUCAGGUGCAAGAAGCGUCAUUUCCUCUGUGGGUGUGUUCUCAUUUGCUUGCACUGUCAUUUGACUCUGAGAAGGUUAAGACAAAUGUCGAGAAGGUCAUCAGCAUGGGAUUUGACCCUUCGUCUACUACAUUCAUGAAAGCUUUGUAUGUGGUAUCGGUGACCAAUGCAGCAAAGUGGAAACACAAGAUGGAAUUUUAUGAGAAGUGGGGUUGGACUGAAGAUGAUGUGUUGUUGGCAUUUAGAAAGAAUCCCAUGUUUAUGAGCUUCAGUGUGAAGAAUAUUUCAGCUAAAAUGGAUUUUCUUUUGAAUAAAAUGGGUUGCCAGCCUGCAGAUCUGGCUGCACGUCCAGAUAUUCUGACUUAUAGUUUGGAGAAGCGAAUCAUACGUAGGUGUUCAGUCAUCAGAUUUCUCCAGUGAAAGGGCUUAAUUGUCAAGGAAGAUUUAUAUAUAAUUAGCAUUGUGCACAAAAACGAGAAGUGGUUCUUGGAAAGGUUUGUGAUCAAAUAUGAAGAACAAGCACCUGAAUUGCAGAGCAUCUUACAGGGGAAAAUGGGUCUAGCCGAAUUUGGUUUAGGAUUCGACGAAAGUGGUUGAGUCACUCGAGUGUAACAAUU